AUGGCUUUUGACUGGCGCUCGCACCAUACACCGUCCCCCACACCGUCCCCGGCGCCGCAGGAGAUGUCGGACGAGCAGUCGGCCCAGUCCUCGCACCAGCAGAGGGUCCGCAGGCGGAAGCGGCUGGCGAAGGCUUGCGACAACUGCCACAAGGCGAAACGAAGGUGCGACGGCAACGUCCCUUGCAGCAACUGCCACCAUGCCUCCAAGACGUGCACCUACACGGACGCGCUUGGACGACCCGUCCCUGCGCCAGGUCAGAUGCGGCUCGAAGGGCCCUCAUCUCAGCCGAAGGUCAUCCCUCCUCCCGCUGGCACCUCUGGCAAAUAUUACUUUACCAGCUUUCCGCCACAGUCCUACGAGCAGUCGACUUCGCAGCCAUUGCCCGAGCUGCCCGCGCUUGGACCUUCGACGUCCUCUUCACUCGCACCGCCUUCCGAUAAUGGGCCCAGCAGGCAGCAUACGCGUCAGACCGAUGAGCGUUACAACCCCAUGCGACGGCCCCAUCCCAGCCCUCGAGAACAGGUCCAAGCCGAAACUCCAGAGUCUGUACUCACAUUACAGCACGCACGCAAGAUCCCACUCGAUAACGCAUUGACGCGCGAACUGGUGAACCUAUUCUUCACGCACUGCCAGCCGGCGCGCAUGAUCUUCCACAAGCCGACCAUUGAGACCGCGCUCGCACACAACACAAUACCUGGCUACCUGCUGUUCGCUAUUUGCGCCUUGGCGGCGCCGCUAUCCAAACAGCCGCGCAUUCAAUGCACGCCCGCGAGAUACGGGGGAACACCAUUCGCGCAGGAGGCGCUCAGUCUCAUGUUCGAUGGCGCGGGUCGGCUGCUCUGCGAAGCCAACCUCUCGACGGCGCAAGCUCUCUGCCUCUUGCAAAUUCAUGACAUGAUCUCCAGUUGGCCUGCUGCUUCCUGGAAUAAGAAGCACUCCAGUCUAGCCCUAUUGAUCGUGGAGAAACUUGGGGUGAACCAGCCAGAAUAUCGGUAUUCGACGCCAUUGCCCAGUACAGAACAUAUCCGCGCGAGCAUCGACCGCGAGUGCGUCCGGCGAGUGUACUGGCUGACCUACAUCAUGGACAUCUACGCGUCAAUAUACUUCAAAGCCGAGCCUACCUGGUUGGAGCGCGAGCCUCACUGCCCGCUGCCCCAGGACGAGACGACGUUCGAACUUGCGACCCAGGCCGCUACACCAGAAUUUCUGCACCUUCCUGGUUCUCAAACAACGUCCGCAUCAGAAACCGGCCAUCUUGUGCGCAUCACGGCGAUAUGGGGCGAGAUAGAACUCGCCCUCGACGCCGUCGACGAUCCGGACCUGAAGCAAGAGGUGUCGGCGAAUAAAUUUUCAGCCCUGCAGGAGAAGUACGAGGCUUGGGAAAAAUCGCUGCCGCAACAUCUGGCGUUUACCGAGGAGAACCUCGAGUAUCAGAAGUCAAUGCUGGCGACGAGUUCGAAUACUGGGGCGUGGUCCUGGGCGUGCAUGCACGUCUACCGUGCGACGAGCGUGCUGGCGCUGCAUUAUGCGCGCAAGAUGCUACAGCCCGGCGCGAUGUUGGGCUGCCCUAGCUGGCCCGUACCGGUUAUCCUUACCAUCCAUCAGAUGAUGGGCGACAGGGCUAUGAACAGCACAUUGUUGGGUGGUAUUUUGUGGGCUCUCAUGAAAUAUUGCGGGAGGAACGAUGAUGAGAUUCACAAGUUAAUCGAUGCGAACAACAACCUCUGGGGUGUGUACAUGCCCCGACUGGUCGCCGACAAGCGCAGCGCCCACCGUCAUAUGAGCCCGCCAAGCUCGCACUCCUCCCCCGCCCAAACGCCAGAACCUCGCUCCGGACCUCGAUUGAAGCAUCCGUCCAUGUCUGGACCGCCGACUUCAGCCUCAUACGCGUCGUCUACGACAUCGCAUCCCACGCCGUCGAUGUCAUCUAGUCUGCCGCCCCUCGUACCCCCUGGCCACAUGCCUAAUUUGAUCGCACCGUUGUCCGCCAAUAUCCCGCCACCUUUCCUGGCCUCGCAUUACCCGCAGGCACCUAUAGUCCCCGCCAACGCCAUUCCGCCCGAAUUUAUGGCCGGCCCGCCGCCCCCUUCUAUAGCGCAAUGGAUGCACUCUCGACGACCACCCACAGCGUCCUGGUCGGAACCCUCGUCCUCGAAUGCGCAGGCACAUCAUAAUCAUAAUAACAACGCGCUGCCGUCCCUCAAAUCGUCCGGGUUGCUGGAAUUUGCAGGCAAGGGGACGGCAGACCCGUCGUCUAUCCCUCCACCGCCGCCGCUCGCCGGACCAUCGAUCGAUACGUCUAUGCGCCAAAGCACGUCGGACGCCAAGGAUGGCCAGCCGCUGUCCACACCGGUGCGCAGCGCGCCUGUGGGGAUGCCCUGGCUGGCGGACGAGCCAGUGUCGAGGUAG